AUGGAACAAAAUCAUGAUGAUUUUCGAAAUGAAGUACGACAACUUCAGCGUUUCAAUGAUUAUUAUAUAAUAUUCAUCGAUGAACAUUUACGAUUCAGAAAUGAUUCUCAGUUAUUUCUUGAUUGUCUUCAAAGAUCCACCAAUGAAAAUAUCUUUUGUUUUGAUGAUAUUCACUCAAUGACACAUUGGAUUGAUCAAAUGAAUAUAAUGACCAAAAUCUUCUUGAUUAUAUCUGAUUCAUUAGAAGAAAAACAUCAAAAUGAAAUUGCGAAGAUGAACAAUAUCGAAUAUAUUUAUAUUAUUCAUUCUGAUCAUGUUGAAUACAGGAAAUGUUUUUCUAAUAUUCGAAGAAUCUUUAAUGAGAAAACCGAUCUACUUACUCAAAUGUCCCAUGAUGUUAAACAAUUGACCACACAAUGGACAUUUGAUAAGCAAAAUUCAUUUUUAAAAGCAUCAGCAUAUGAUAUUCGAUGGUAUCAAUUAUUUAUCAAAGUUCUUUUGUAUUUACCUUGUUCUGAAAAUGAUUGGAAUGAAAUGUUCAAUGAAUGUCAAUUGUAUUACAAAGACAAUGUCGUCACUUUACAAAAGAUUGAUGUUUUUCGACGAGAAUAUACCCGUGAACAAGUUAUUGAUUAUUAUACACAAGACAAUUUCAUCUAUCGAAUCCUAAAUUCCGCUUUACGAACGCAUCAUAUGAAUACUAUUUACAAAUUUUAUCCUCUUAUUCAAGAUUUAUCGAAACAAUUGGAUCAACAUUAUCGAACUUAUGUAUUGAACUUAAAACGUCGCAAAACAACGCCAUCUAUUCGAAUUGUAUAUCGAGGUCAAUAUCUCACUCCUACAGAAUUGGAACAAUUAAGAAAUGUUUGUCGAUCUCGACAAGGGAGUGUUUUACUUAGUAUGUUUGGUUCCACUACUCUUGAUCCCCGAAUUGCGAUGAGUUUCAUUCAGAGUGAUCACCCAGAAAAUAUUUCAUGCUUUUUUCAAAUUAUUAUUCCAGAUUAUUAUUAUCGUAAUCAAGGUUCGGCAUUCUCAUAUCAUUCGCAAAUGUUUCUCAAUAUUUCGAACUUUUCUUCGAUGCCUCAUGAACAAGAAGUUCUCUUUUCGGUAAUGAGUCGCUUUCGAGUGAAAUACGUUGGUCGUCCGACGAAAAAUCGUUCAUGGAUUCCUAUUACUUUAGAAUUCUAUCAGGAUUAUCUCGGCUUCGAUUCUCGUUGGCAUCAAAUUAAAGAUAUGGUUUGUCAUGAAAGUGAUGAAAUGAAAAAAGAAUUAUUCGAACUUGUAGAAAAAUAUGCUAACAAACCAACCAAUUGGGAUGUCUGGUGGAAACGAUUAACAGGUGAACUUGGAGCACGGAGACAAGAUGGUGAACCUUUUGUGGUGACUCUUUAUGAAUGCUUUGGUGAUCCAGAGUCAUUGAUGAAAGCAAUUGAAUUACGCAAAAGACAUUUGGAGAAUCAUUCAAAAUGGAAAGAUUUUUCUGAUCCUAUUUUUCUUAUAGACGAAAUGAAAUAUGGGAAACCAACACGAAUUAUUACUCUAUACGAAUUAUUUCUUCGAAAGAUGAAUUUCUCGGAAUUGGAUACAGAUGAUGUCAUUCAAUCAUUGAAACAUGCUGGAGAUGCUUACGCAGAAUGUGGAUGUUUUCAUCAAAACGCUUUGGAAUGUUACGAAAAAGCUUUACAGUUAGUUGAAAAUCAUUCCGAUCACAAAACGAUCUCUGCCUUGCAAAAUCGAAUCAAGAGACUUUCAUCACAUCAACAAUCUGACUGCUCGAAAACAUUGACAAAGGAAAAAGCGAACAACUCUUCGUUCGAUGAGAUACCAGUGAAAACAUCGAACUAUGAAACUGAACAUUUACAAUGGUCUACUUUUUGGAAAUUCCGUCAAGCCAUUCGUCCUAUACGCGAUACCAAUAGAUGCUUAAAUAUUCGUUUACAAUAUCUUCAUAUGUUCCUUAAAGAAAAAGAAGAAUGGUUGGAUAAUACCUACUUAAGGAUCUUCUUUAAUUUACCCUUUCAAAACAGUCAACGAAGCUUCGAACCAGUUGAAUAUCUUUAUCAAUCAUUUUAUUUCUCCGUAUGGACUUAUCUCUAUAAAAGUAUGCUGUGUUUUAAGGAUCAUUCAUUCAAUCAAUAUCUAUAUGAAACAUUUAUCAAUGAAUGGGUCACUUUCAACGAUCUUAAACAAAAAUUAGGAGUUUAUUGUAUUGAUCAACGAGGAACUCUUUCGCCUUUAUUUGUCAUAAUUGAACGAAUUCUGAAAAAAUUAACUUUAAUGAUUACGAUGUGUACUCUUAUGGUUACUAUUCCAUCUGGAACUGGUAGACAUCAGAUAAUGAUCGAUAUGGAUCAAAUUAGAUUUCAAACUGAUAUAUGUAUUCAUCCAACCAAACUAGUUUUCUUUGAUCUAGAUAAUGAAAUCAAAGAAAACACAGUCGAAGUAGAAUCUAUUCAGAAAAAAUGA